UCUGUGUACAACAGCCAGCCCAGCUCUGAAAGGGAGCUUCCCUUGUAUUUCCUGCAGAAGCUACUCAUGCUGGAUUAUAAGCUGAGAUACCUGGUCUUCAAAGGGGAUGGAAACACACAAAAUCAACUUCAUCCAAGUGUCUCAGAUAAAGAAAAUGAGGCCUUUAAUCCAUAUGAAGACUUGUUUGAAGGUAGUGAAACUCCCACUAUUCCUAAAGCCACUACUCCUUGGCCCCAUAUUUACCCUAUGGAUAUUCAGAUGGCAAUUUUGCAGUGUGCAGAUGAUCCUGCCAGACAAUAUAUUUUCUCCAAACUUUCCAUAUGCCAGUUUCCACCCCCUUCUCACACCCAACCCCUUCAAUUCUGAAAUUGAAUUCUCUCUCUGGUCUCUCAGGCAAAUUAGAAAAAGCUGGCAGGAAGCAAGUAAAUCACCAAAAUAUGAGAAUAUCAAUUACAAGAAUAAGCAGAUGUGUUGUGUCUCAACCCCCAUUGUGUCCUUUAUUAGAGUUGGAAAUAACUUCUCUUCUUCCAAAUCUCAGAUCAUGAACAGUCUUCUCAGUAAGCAUAAACACGAUGUCUUUUUUCACCUACAUUGCAGAGGGAGCACUAAAGACUGUCUCUUGAUGAAGGGUGUGGUGGAAGUCUCCUGGUUCUGUCCUGGAGGGGAAGAUGAGGACAGAUUUGACAACUGCUUGACCUUCACCAAUCUUUAUGGAGAUGCAAAGGAACAUAAGAAACAACUCAGCUUCCUGCAAGAGGUCUCUUCUCUCAUUGUGGUCUUCGUGUCAUCUUGUGAUUACAAUAAAGAAAAUUGUGAAAUUGUUUGUGACCCGGGUCAGUCACCAAAACCUUUGAUUUGUUUACUUGACAACAAAGAAAAAACCAUGGUCAAUAAUGCUAACCAAAAAGUGAGAAUAGGAAUCAAAAACAGAAAUGAAGCAGAAUUAACACAGGAGCAUGUUGCUACAAUUAAAUUUUUGCUAGAGUUGUCAGACACCAUUCUCAGCUUAGAGGACUGUGCCCCAUAUGCUCACAAGCAGGGAUUCCUUAUUGAUGAAGACCAAUGAGAAUGCAAGGAAACCAAAGAAAAUGCAGAGGUCAUAAUGGCCCUGCUGAAGGAAACAGAUAUCUCAGGUGAAGGAAAAAUUUCUACCCCUUCAGCGACACCUGUGGCAUCUCUGGUGUAAAAAGAACAAAGAACUCUACCACCUGAGAGAAAAGGGGAAUCAGAGCAUUGAGCAACACAAGAGUGAAGUUGACACAGAA